GUUUUUAUUCCCAUUGGAAGCUGAUUUCACUUUGCAAGAUGGACAUACGAGUAGCAAGCAUCUUGCUCCUCACAGUGGCCUUGACAGCUGCCCAUGGAGAACGCUAUGUGGUGAAGAAGUUGGUGAAGGCCGCCCCUCAGUACCAGCCCUACUCUGUGAAGAGCCAAGUGGUGUCUGUGGCAGGUGAGCCUGGUGCUCCAGGUGAGCCCGGCCCUGAGGGACCUGCUGGUCCUCCUGGCCCCCCAGGUGAGAGUGCUGAAGGUCUGACUGGACCCCAAGGACCUUCAGGUUCCCCCGGAGCUACUGGCCGAUCCAUCGCUGGCAAACCUGGUUCCCCAGGUGGACCUGGCAAACCUGGCAGCCAUGGAGCACCCGGCGAGAAAGGAGACAAUGGAGCCCCUGGCCUUCAGGGACCAAGGGGAAGCCCUGGAUCCUCUGGAAGCCCUGGACCUUCUGGCCUCUCUGCUACUGGCAAGCCUGGAGCUUCCGGUUUUCCUGGACCAAUGGGAGCCAGAGGAGAGUCUGGUCUGAAGGGACAUCCAGGUGUACCUGGCCUGCCCGGUUCUAAGGGUGAUAGAGGGGUGGGAGUUCAAGGACCUCAGGGUGAGACAGGGCCUGAAGGCGCCAUGGGCGCACCCGGACAAACAGGUGAGGGUGGAGUUGGAAAGCCAGGAAAAUCAGGUAUGCCCGGUGAGCCAGGAAAGUCAGGUAGCUCAGGUAGGGACGGUGCCUCCGGUGCCAUGGGACCACAGGGACCUAAGGGACACACUGGUGCCCCAGGUGUAGGUAUGGCAGGUAAAUCAGGUGAGAAUGGUGCCCCAGGUCUGCCCGGUUCAGCUGGCGUUAAAGGCCACCAGGGACCUGCUGGAGCCACUGGUGCCCCUGGAGUUCCCGGAUAUGGAAAGCCAGGUACAAAUGGAGAGAAGGGAGAGAGGGGAGUUACAGGUGGUACAGGUGCCACAGGUUCUAAGGGUGAGCAGGGACCAACAGGAUAUACUGGUGCUAAUGGUGCUACUGGUUCCACUGGUGCCGUUGGACCUCAGGGUUCAGCAGGUUUCCCAGGUGAGCCCGGGGCUGUUGGCCAAAAAGGUGACACAGGUACAACUGGAGCACAGGGAUCAAAGGGAAACAAGGGAGAUCAGGGAGCACAGGGUUUCGCAGGCAAGCAGGGUUAUCCAGGCGCAGCUGGUCCUCCUGGACCCAGAGGAUCCAGUGGACCCACAGGUGACAAAGGUCAUUCAGGUGCCCCAGGUACCCCAGGUUCCCCAGGUAUUCCAGGCCCUGCUGGACCCAAAGGUCACCCUGGGCGUUCAGGUGAGUCAGGUGCUUCUGGUUCUGAUGGUGCUCAAGGCUCCAGAGGGCCUUCUGGGCCUCAAGGUCCUAAUGGUUCUCCCGGCCUUAAGGGACACCCAGGUUUGCCUGGUCCUGCUGGCCCUUCUGGUUUGGCUGCCAAGGGUGGCCCUGGACCUCAGGGUCCCUCUGGUCUCCCCGGUGUGAAUGGCGCUGAUGGAGAGGCUGGCCCAGCUGGCCCAGCUGGUCCCCCUGGUCCUCCUGGUGAGGUUGUGUUUGAGAAAGGCAUGGGAAUGGGUGAGGUUAUGGUCAAGUCCCCCAUGUCUGCUUUCACUGCAUCUCUGGUCAACCCCUACCCUGCUGCUGGCAGCCCCAUUAAGUUUGACCAGAUAGUGUACAAUGCUGAGAAUCACUAUGACCCUGAGAGCGGUAUUUUCACUUGCCAAAUUCCUGGAGUUUACUAUUUCUCCUACAGUAUCCAUGUUAAUGGAGCUCAUGCCCUGGUGGCUCUGUACAAGAAUGGCCAGCCUGUUAUGUUCUCUUAUGAUGAGUACAGCAAGGGCUUCCUGGACCAGAUUUCCGGUAGUGCUGUCCUCUUGCUCGAUGAGCAGGACACAGUCUACAUGCAGAUCCCCGACGAUGAGGCCAAUGGUGUCUUUGCCGCCGAGAAUGUCCACUGCUCUUUCUCUGGGUUCCUUAUUGCUUCAACGUGAUACGUUUAUACAGUAGUUCCCAAAAGCCAACCAACUAACUAACCAAUUUUGCGACCUAUUUCUCAAACUAAAGUAAACUCCCUGUUCAUUUUUUCCUCAACCAAACAGACAGGCAGUUCACCCUUCUUUGAGGAAUAGUAGCAUCUCGACUUGAAAACUACAAGAAAUAGGUGCUUAGAAGAAGGAAAACUAAUUUAUGAAAACAGGUGAUCAGGGAUGGGGGAAGCAAUCCACAAAGUUACCAGUGAGCUUUUGUAAUGGAGACAGCUUGUGAAAUUGAGGUGUUAUAACUGUGUUGUGUCCUGACUUUUUCUUUUUCCACUCUGUUCCUUUAAUACUGGUGAUUCUUAAUUUAGUGUUUGUCUGUUUUUUCUUUUUUUUUGUACCUUCUUGUUUUUGUUUGUUUGACCAAUAAUCUUAUUAAAAGGACACAACUACUUUCUAUGUAACAUGUUGUAACUGUUAUCCUUGUAUGUGACUUGAAUAUUGUGAAAUAGUAAUGGCCAAAUUGAUGAAAUAUCUCACCAGAAUACUGUCAUACAA